AUGGAACAUGUUCUUAAUCUUUUAGAAAAACGAACCAAAAAAUGUCCCAAUACAAUAUGUCGAUGUGAAAAUAAAUUAGAAAACAUUGAAGAUUGUAACAAAUGUAUAAACAAUGCAAGAUGUAAGGUAGAAGAAUUCCCGAUCAUAUGUAAUGAUUGUCUUCAUGAUGUAUUAGAAAGAGAGUUUGCUAACUGGUCAAGUGAAAAUUUACUAAUUGAUAAAUUUAUUCGAAGAGCACAGCGGUCAUUGUCUUAUAUUAAGUACCCUGAAUGGAUUCCAUAUAAUUUUUUCACCGAAAUAAAAUAUAUUAAUAAAGGCGAACUUGGUGCAGUGAUUUCUGCAAAAUGGAGCCAAGGUGUCAAAAUCAUGCAAAGUUCUAAUGAUGAACGUUAUUACAUUCGAUCAAAAAGCUGUGCAUUUCCUGAAUGGAUUCCGUAUGACUCUUUAACUGAAAUAAAAUUUAUUAAUAGAGGUGGAUUCGGUGCUGUAUAUUCUGCAAAAUGGGUUAGGGGAGUAAAAUGUUUGUCCAUGAUAGACGGAGACAAAUAUUAUACUCGAUCUGAUUCAUGUACUGUUGCAAUAAAGCAAUUAAAAAGUGAAAAAGACUCCAUUCAUCUUUUUCUUAAGGAGAUUCAAGCUCAAUUUAAUUGUUGUCAUUUAUACGGCGUAACUAAAGACCCUUCAACAUCACAAUACAUGUUCAUAAUGCGUUAUGCACCACAAGGGGAUCUUCGACGAUUCUUGCAGAAAAAUUUUGAUAAACUAACCCUAGACAAUAAGUUAAACAUAGCACAGUCUAUAUGUUUAGAACUUCAAAAUAUUCAUGCUAAAGGUUGGGUACAUGGUGACCUUCAUUCUGGAAAUAUUUUAUUAUUAAAUGAAGAAGAUGUCUUUAUUUCAGAUUUUGGAUUAUGUCGACCGAUUAAUGAAACGAAGAUGCCUGAAAAAAAAAUUUAUGGAGUCAUACCAAAUAUUGCACCAGAGAUACUUCUUUUUCAAUCUCCGUAUUCUCAGGCAGGAGACAUUUAUAGUUUAGGUAUUAUUUUAUGGGAAUUGGCUUGUGGAAUUCCGGCGUUUUCAAAUAGGGCACAUUGUGUAAACUUAAUAUCAGAUAUUUGUAACGGUCUUCGACCAACAACAUGUCAUUUUGCACCUCCAACUUAUAAUGAUCUGCUAAAGAGGUGUUGGGUUCAAAAUCCUUUAGAACGACCGACUAUAAACUUAGUAUUAGAUUCUAUCAAACUAUUAUGUACAUAUUUAAGAUAUACUUACGAAGGGCGUCUUUCGAGGCAUUCUGAUGAGGGGAAUCGUUGGGCUCAAAAAAGAUUUAAAUUUGUAUCAUUGUCCGGUCAUAUAGAGGAAAUGACACUUGAUGAAUAUAGAUCUAAAAAUCCAGGUAAAUUUGAGAGAUUAGAACAAGGAUUAAAAGAUG